AACAGCUUCUUCCCAAGGAAGCCAUCACUGAGAGAGUCUAGAGAAGUGUCCCAAAUUGUCCCAGUUUGAUACCCCUCAGUCUCCAGUGCUCAAGAACAGGAAGAGAAUGGCAGCGGGGUAAAAAAGGGAACUUGAGUAUUUUUUUCCCAGUUCCCAAUUUUUUGUUCUCACCUUCCUCAAGCUCCUCCACUUUCCCAAAAUUGUGUGUGUGCUCCUUUAAGGGGCUGGGCAGCUCUCCCGCCCUCUCCGGAGUCGACUGAAGUUUCCGAGGAGCCUCCUCUAGCUGAGCUGGACACACCUUUCAAAGACCCCAAAUCGUGCUCUGUGCACUCCAAACGCUCCUGUCCCCUAAGCCCUCCCUCCGCCCUUCUCCCUAACUAAUUUCCUCUCAACUACGAGAUUCAGCCUCUCCCCAAGGGGCUUGAGCAUCCUCAAGGUUUCCCACCCUUAUCUGCUCCAUCCCCGGAUGGAGCCGGAGAAAUGUGGUGGGGGGGCCGGGGCCAGAGUUUCAACAUCUUCCCCCAGAAGGAGGAGCCAGAGAUGGGGCUCUCUGGACCAAAGUCUGUCCAGGGGAGCGGGAUGCCGGAGCCCAGGAGUCAUCAGCUUGGCAGUUGCCUGGCCUCUGGAUGCCUCCCAGGGGAGCAGAUUCUAGCAUGGGCUCCAGGGGUGCGGAAGGGGCUGGAGCCUGAAUUGCCUGGAACACUGAUCUGCACCAACUUGAGGGUCACCUUCCAGCCCUGUGGAUGGCAGCGGAGUCAGGAGAUGCCCCUGAGCAGUGAAUAUGAUUUUGCCCUGGUCAACAUUGGGCAAUUAGAGGCUGUGAGCCGCCUGGCCCGAGUCCAACUCCACCGUCCAGGGUCCCUGCUUAAAUUUAUCCCUGAGGAGAUCCUGAUUCAUGGCCGAGACUUCCGGCUGCUCAGAGUUGCUUUUGAGGCUGGAAGACUAGAGCCUCAGGCCUUUCAGGUGACCAUGGCCAUUGUCCAGGCCAGAGCUCAGAGCAGUCAAGCCCAGCAGUACGCAGGGAUAACCCUGAGCAAGGCUGGCCAGACUUCUGGCUCCAGAAAACCACCUGUUCCCCUCCUGGAUACAUCAGAAGACUGGGAGAUUGAGAGGGAAAAGCAGGGGGCCAGUGCCUGGAGGGUCAGCCUCGUCAAUGAGAGGUUCGACGUCGCCACCAGCCUCCCCCGUUACUUCUGGGUCCCUAUCCGAACUCUGGACAGUGAGAUCAGGAGAGCAUUUGGCCACUUCCAUCAGGGCCGUGGACCGCGCCUGUCCUGGCAUCACCCUGGGGGCAGUGAUCUUCUCCGCUGUGGUGGCUUCUAUACAGCCAGUGACCCUAACAAGGAGGACAUCAGAGCGGUGGAGUCGCUGCUCCAGGCUGGGCAUUCCGACGUUGUCCUGGUGGACACUAUGGAUGAGCUGCCUAGCCUUGCAGAUGUCCAGCUCGCCCACUUGAGGCUGAGGGCCCUCUGCCUGCCUGAUUCAUCUGUAUCUGAGGAUAAGUGGCUCUCAGCCCUGGAAGGAACACGAUGGUUGGACUACAUCAGGUCUUGUCUUCGGAAGGCCAGUGACAUCUCAGUGUUAGUGACAUCCAGAGUUCGCUCUGUAGUCCUUCAAGAGCGCGGUGAUCGUGAUUUCAAUGGCCUCCUCUCUUCACUCGUCCAGCUGCUUUCAGCCCCUGAAGCCCGAACACUGCUUGGCUUCCAAUCACUAGUGCAGCGAGAGUGGGUGGCAGCUGGACAUCCCUUCCUGACCCGACUUGGGGGAACGGGGGCCAGUGAAAAGGCCCCAGUGUUUCUCCUCUUCCUGGACUGUGUCUGGCAACUCCUCCAGCAGUCUCCAGCUGAGUUUGAAUUCUCAGAGUUUUUCCUUCUUGCUCUUCAUGACAGUGUCAGGGUUCCUGACACCCUUACAUUCCUGAGAGACACUCCCUGGGAACGUGGAAAGCAGAGUGGACAGUUCAACUCCUAUACACAAGUCUAUACCCCAGGGUAUUCCCAGCCCCCAGCUGGGAACUCUGCUAACCCACAGCUGUCUGUCUGGGACUGGGAUUUACGAUACAGCAAUGAACAGAUACUACAAUUCCAUAAUCCUGGCUAUGACCCAGAACACUGCCCAAAUUCCUGGCUUCCUAGACAGCAGUCAAGCUUCAUGGUUACUGGACCCCCCAGUUCUGUGUGGCUCUUCUCUAGAGGGGCCUUGACCCCCCUGAAUCAACUCUGUCCUUGGCGCGACAGUCCCUCCAUGCUGUCUUCUCGUUGGCUCCCUCGACCUGCUGUCUCCUCUGAAAGUCUGGCUGAUCAGGAGUGGGGGCUUCCCUCAUACUGGGGAGCUUGCGCUUUACCCUCAGGGCUGCUGCUGCCUGGAUAUCUGGGACCUCAGAUCAGGUUCUGGAGACGCUGCUACCUGAGGGGAAGGCCUGAGGUCCAGACGGGCCUCUCAGCUCCCACAAUCUCUGGCCUCCAGGAUGAACUAUCCCAUCUUCAGGAGCUAUUAAGGAAAUGGACACCAAGAAUAUCUCCUGAGGAUCACUCCAAGAAAAGAGAUCCAAAUACCCUUUUCUCCCAAGCCUGCUGAAAUUGCUUUCUCAUGGGCAGGGCAGAAGGUGGUCUGAGAUGAGGGAGGGUUCAGUCUAAUCCUUCGAUUUUUCUUAUCUGGUCUUGCUGCCUCAGCUUCCACACUCCAACUCUUAAACAAGCUCACAAGCUCGCUGAUGCGUUUCCAUCGCAGAUGGGUGCUGCUAACCUCCAACUCUUGGUCUGUCUUGUUUGGUUCCUCAAGAUUAUAUACAGAGGGUGCCAAAAAAAAUGUAUGCACAUUUUAAGAAAGGAAAACUGUAUUAAAAUUGUAAUACUCA